UAUAAAAGGGAGUUAACAAAUCUUUGUCAAUAUCGUAUAACCUACAGUAUGUUUUAUCAUUGGACUUGAUAGAAGAUGUCCGGUAUCUAUGAUACUAUUGUGGUUGGUGCAGGGAUAGAGGGCUCGUCUACUGCCUACUAUCUAGCCAAGCAGGGACAGAAAACUCUUCUUUUGGAGCAGUUUCCUCUGCCUCAUAACCGGGGUAGUUCUCAUGGACAGAGCCGGAUCACCAGAAAGGCAUAUGGCUCAAAGGAACAUUACGCCGUCAUGAUGAAUGAAGCCUUUCAAUUAUGGGAGCAGUUGGAAAGAGAGAGUAAAACAGAAAUAUUCAUAAACACAGGAAUGUUAUCCGUAGGUGAACCAGGUAACGAAUUUGUUGAAAGCACAAUCAAAGCAAUGAGAAAACAUAAUAUACCAAUGGACGUUUAUGGUUCGGAUGAAGCAAAGGUCAAGUAUCCAAUGAUUUCUUACCCAAAUGAUUUCACAUACGUAUUAGAUCACAGCGGUGGAAUAUUACGGGCUGACAAGGCUCUCAAAGCAUUCCAGGAUCAAUUCCAAAAGUUUGGCGGUGAACUACAUGAUGGAGAGGCAAUGGUCAAUAUCAUACCUGGACAUGUUAUCACUGUCAUAACUUCUAAAUUAUCGUACAAGUGCAAUAAUCUUGUGUUGACUGUUGGUCCAUGGGCCAAAACUAUUUUGCCGUCUCUUGGUGUUCACAUUCCAUUAAGGCCUUUAAGAAUAACAGUUUGUUACUGGAAAGAGAAGUUUCCUGGGCAAUAUGCUGUGAACAAAUUCCCUGUCUUUGUACAACAUCCGGGGGUAGAUAACUAUAGUGUGUAUGGGUUACCAAGUGAGGAAUAUCCUGGACAUGUUAAGAUUUGUUUACAUUUUGGUCCAGAUAUAGACCCUGACAACAGAGAUGCUGCAGAUGAUAAAUGGGUGUUGGAUAAAAUGAAAAGUUAUGUCUCAAAGCAUUUUCCAAAUUUGGUUCCAGAACCAAGUAUUCUUGAAACAUGCAUUUACAGUUGGUUACCAGAUGAAGAAUUCGUAUUGGAUAAACACCCAGCUUGGAAAAAUAUAAUUAUUGGUGCUGGAUUCUCAGGUCAUGGAUUCAAGCUAUCACCAGUGGUUGGAAAAGUUCUUGGAGAGUUGGCCAUGGGAAAAGAACCUUCUUAUGAUUUAUCACCUUGCCGAAUUGAUAGAUUCUUUUCUAGAUCCAAGAUAUAAAUUUAGACCACUUGUGUACCUUCACUCAAACUAAUCAGUAUUGCACUUGUUGUAUAUUAUAUAUCAAGAAAAAAUGUGUUAUUAAAAUGUCACAUACUAUUGUAUAUUAAACUAUAUUGUUUAACAUACCACAGCAAUUAAAAGAUCAUGUAUAACUGUAUAUCCAAGUACCGUAUUAAAUAAAAUUUAGUUCGUUGUCCGUUCAGGAAUAUUCAUGACGUGACCAUUUGUUUGCACUUAAAACCCGUGCGGUCAUCAUUUUGACCAUCUACUCUCGCCAUAGCCUAAAGAAGAGAUACAUUUAUUCAUGCAUAAUUGAAUGAGCAUUUGUAUUUGCAAUUCUGAUGAUUAUAAUUAUAAUGUGUUGUAUUUGAUAUAUAAGAUAUAGAAUUAAAGGUUAUAACGAGUAGCACACCUACAUUCAAUUUGGAUCUUGGUUCCUUGUAAAGUCCAUAGAAUUUCAUUCUUUUUAUUCGGACGAAAGAAAAAAUAAUAUGUUUUAGCAAAGCAUUAACAGAUAUAUGUAUAUAUCUCAAAUGCAAUACUUAAUUCCAUUUUUGUUGCAAUAAUAAAUGAUAUACAUUAUAAA